UUUGACAUUCGCGCAAGCAUCGCCUGGCGAUACGGAACGGAUCAUGCGACGCGAAUGGUCCGGAGUGGAAAAACGCGCCGGGUGCAGCAGAUAAAUUCCGUGCAUCGCUCUCAGUCAAUAACGAGUUCCCAGUUAGCGCUGAUCACAACCGCGGCUACAGACCUCGGAAGAUUUACAUCUCGCGUUAAUCGAGAGAUUCGCUCCCGCGAAUAUCGCAAUACAUCGGACGGAAACUUUCCCGCGGCAUAUCCAUCCAAAGAAAGUAUCCCCGAAUAUUUAUUUAAAGAGAAUAACGUAUGACGUAGAAACGACUUUUGACACAUCAAUUAAAAUCUCUCAGACUCUUAUUACGGCGAAGACGUCCGCUGAAUUUGCGGGCAUUCCACGCGUAAUAUACUUUCUCAGAUCUGAAGAUAAGACACGUCGGAAACCGCAGCGUUGUGAAUAUCAGAGGCAUUGCUUGAAACAAUAAAAUCGACGUCGUAGAUUAGACACGUUUGCAAAGCUCAAAGGCGCAAUCUCGAACGAGCGAACGGAUCGCAAUUUCCCGACAAACGCUAUCGAGCGAACAAUAAUACACGAACAGACGGUUGAGCAGAAUAAACAACUCGAUGCAAAUUGGUAUUUAUUGUAUGUACAUACGGCGAUAUUAUAUCUGCACGAAAAAGGCUGACAAUAAGGAGGACGCGGUUUUGCAUUUAAAAAUUCACGGCCAAUUUGAACGGGCCGUGAUUAUAAUUUAAUACGAGUCAUUCGGCGCUCCUUCGCAUCUCCUCGGUAGAGUCGAAUUCCGCCACACGCUUUCGUAUCUUUUAAAUAGACGUAGCAAUCAAUGAAUGAUGAUGAUUUGAAAGUACUUUGCGAUAUGAUAUCGAGUUUAUUAUCAAGUAUAAAUAUAAAUUCCGGAAUCAAGUAUUGUAGAAACAUAUAAGGGAUUCAAUCGCAAAGGAGGGAAAGUGAAAAGAAGUGGCUCUGUGUGUGAUGAAGAAAAUUUUUUUUAAACCGACGUUUUUCUCUAAAAUUGCACACGUUUAGUGACGGAAAAGUCAUCACAUAGAUUAUUGUCGUUAUAUUUUUAUUUAAUUGACGCGAUUAAUUGAAAGCAAUAUAUUAAGGAGAAAAAGUCGCCAUGAUGAAUACGUCAAUUAAUAACGCGAACGGACAAACGGACGUUGUUAAUGCAAAUGGACAAAUAAACGUUAACAAUACGAAUGAACAAAAAGAUAUUAAUAACGUAAAUAAGCAUGUUAAUAAUGUGAGUGAACAAGUCGAUGGUAACAUCAGUGCGGGUGGGCGCAUAUCGGAGUGCGUGGAGAUUAAGAUGGAACCCGGCGUCACCGAAGAAAAAAAAUGGGAGCGAGCCGGAACAACUUAUCAAAUAUUGAUGGCCUUAUGUGCUAAUGUCGUGGUAUUGGGUCCAGCAAUGGGUUUCGGUUACAGCGCCGUGGCAGAGCCCGCGAUGAGAUGGCCAGAAGAUAAGAAUGACUUAGUACUCGAUGCUAACCAAGCAAAUUGGAUGGCUACCGUAUCGGCGUUGGGUACGCCUCUUGGUUGCCUACUCUCGAGUGUCGUGAUGGGGCGAGGAAGGAAGAUUAGUUUGCUCGUGACAUCAUUAAUCUCAUUGGCGGGUUGGUUGACUAUUUAUAUGUCGAACAGUUACGUGCAGAUAUUGAUUGGAAGGUCGAUUUCCGGAAUAUCCACCGGGAUGGCGUCGGUUCCGACAACGGUGUAUGCGGCGGAAAUAGCAGGACCAAAAUGGCGAGGCACGAUGGUUACAUGGACCAGUAUUUCUAUUGCUCUCGGUGUCCUCAUUGUUUAUAUCUUCGGAUACAUUUUACCGAGUGACUGGCGAUUGGUAGCUUUAUUGUGCGCUCUAUUCCCACUGUGUGCAAUCGCUCUCACUGCGCUGAUAGUGCCCGAAUCUCCUUUGUGGCUGCGAGAUCGGAAUCGACCUGAGGAAGCAUUGGAAAUUAUGAAGAAGUUCCGUGGAAUACCGAAAGACCAGCCGGCACCAGCGGAAGUCCUGUUCGAACUGAAACCGCGGCCACAGAAGAAGAAUCAAAACAUACUGAAGCACUUGGUGAAAAGGAGCUCGCUAGUGCCAUUUGGCAUAAUGCUCAGUUACUUUUUCUUCCAACAGUUCUCCGGGAUUUUCGUGAUUAUAUAUAACGCUGUUGGGAUCAUGGAAAAGUCGGGUGUUAAGGUGAAUCCUUAUCUCGGAGCAGUAUUGAUAGGCGUCGCUCGUUUUAUAGCCAGUCUUUUAACGGCCGGUGUAUCCCGAAAAUUCGGCCGACGAAUACCAUCGAUGAUUUCCGGCGUUGGCAUGACGAUCUUCAUGGGUGGCUUGUCACUCUACUUAUAUCUGGCCGAGAAUGGAACUGUCAUGGCUGACGGUGGAGUGGUCCCAGUGAUCUGUAUGGCGAUGUAUAUAUUCACGAGCACCUUGGGCUACCUAGUAGUCCCGUUCGCUAUGGUAGGCGAAGUGUUUCCAUCCAAGGUCAAGGAUAUACUGUCCGGUAUGACGGUUGCCAUAGGUUACCUCUUCAGUGCGGCGACUGUUAAGACGUAUCCGGAUAUGGAGUCGCAGAUGGGGAUGCACGGCGUGUUUCUCUUCUUCGCGAUUGUAUCUUUGGUCGGUGCGAUAUUCAUUCUGAUGUUCCUACCCGAGACGAAAGGAAAAACCCUGCGCGAAAUCGAGGAUAUGUUCUCAAGAAAGAAGAAGGUAUUUGAAUUACAGUCGGCGGAAGGAAUGGUCGGAGAGAGAAUCGCUCUCUCUAAUUCUUAGGAAGACUCUAAUUCUACCGGUUUUCGAGAAAUUAAGCGUUUUUAUUGCCUAUACGGACAAUUGACAAAUAAUUAUCAAGAGUAGGUAAUAUUAAAUACACGGAGGGAGACAAGAUUGAAGCAUACAAAUGAAAUUGAAAUAAACAAAACGGAUGCAACGUUCUGUGAUGCUUUAAGGUAUCCCUAGAAAGUUAUUUGAAGAGUACAAGUCGAAGUUACAAAACAAUUCUUGUAUUUAUUCUACAUACGUUAUACGUAAUGAUCUUAUCGUAUAUUUCGUAAUUGAAAGAGAUAAAAGAUGUAAAGGCAUUUGUUUGACGUUCACAGUGAAAAGUAAAACGUAACAGACCUGUCGCUGUCAUCUCGAUGUGUUUUGCCAUUGAAACGAAAACAAUGCCAUAUAUCAAUACUUGGUUCACGUGUGAAAUGUGUUCGCAAAUUGCAUUAACGUGAGAUUAGAUUUGUACUAGUUUGGGACUUCCGACAGAAUGAUAUGCAAUCUCGAAGAUGAUAUUUUGAUAAGACAGUACAUAUCAUAUUAUUUAAUUAAAACACAGUACAUACUUGUUGGAGCGUAACUUAAUCUUUAACAUACAGUCCAAAUUUCAUCACAUAUUUCGAACAGGAAGACAGAUUAACAUCGUCGUGGACGGUCAAGUUCUAAAGUGAAAAAUAUUACAUGAAAUCGACCGUGUCUUAUCGAUAUAAUUAAUUAAUUAAUUAAAUAUAAGACUUAUUAUUAAUAAAUUAUAAUACUACUCAACAUUUGAAACAAUUAUAGAUACAAAAUUGAACAAAGGCACGUAGUGUUUAUAUAAGUGCUAAACAGCGAGUAUUAUUAAUUUAUUUUUUAUAAAUCAUCUUCUCGUAAAUAAUUAACUUUGAUAAGGUUGACUGAUUGGCAUAAUGAUAACGAUCUAGUGUUGACCCGAUAAACAUAGAAAGAAAUUUUAUAUGCGCGUGUCACAGAUAGAUGUUAUAAUUUAUUUAAAGCUGAAGAGCGUUGCGAUAACAAUCGUGUUCUCUUCGAUUAAGUUGUCAACAAUUUAUGACAACCGUCUUUUACAAUUACGAGUGUUACUUUCCUUUGUACAAAAUGUAUUUUUCGCAGAAAAUCGAUAUCGCGAUGAUAUCGAUAAUUUAUGAGCUACCGAACUUCAAGUACUUUACAAUUUAUCAACUCAUCACGUGUGAUUGAUCGAUGAAUCGAUUUAUAAUUAGCUAAACGACUUAUUUAAGUUAUACUAAAUAUGUAUUAUAUAUUCCGAUAUAAAAAUACAUAUAUGUAUAUAUACAUAUGUGUGUCUCAUGUAUUUUAUUAAAAUCUUAUUAAAAUCUUAAAUAAUAAAUUAACAAAUGACG